GCAGUAGGUACGCCACUGCUCCAGCCACGUUCGUCUGAAAUAGCGUGUUGUCUGGCCUUUCGCGUACUCGGUGGACGAAGUGUCGUGUGCUGAGGGCUCUUGCACCUCAACUAAAUACUCUUAUCGGACGGAUUAUACGGUAUCUAAAAUAUGGAAGAAUACGCAAGAGAACCAUGUCCCUGGCGGAUAGUCGACGAUUGCGGUGGUGCUUUUACAAUGGGCGUCAUAGGCGGAGCGAUCUUUCAAAGCAUCAAGGGCUUCCGUAACGCACCGAGUGGCUGGAGGCAGCGUUUCACGGGCAGUGUAGUGGCGAUUAGGCAACGGGCGCCCAUCAUCGCGGGAAAUUUUGCCGUAUGGGGCGGCAUGUUUUCCACAAUUGAUUGCACUUUAGUGCACUUCAGAGGGGGCAAGGAAGAUCCUUAUAACUCUAUCAUCAGUGGCGCGGUGACUGGCGGGAUUUUAGCGGCGAGAAACGGUCUACCGGCGAUGGUAGGCAGUGCAAUAAUUGGCGGGGUGCUCUUGGCGCUGAUAGAAGGCAUAGGAAUUGGCUUCACCCGCCUCUCCGCCGAACAAUUCAAACCACCGACGCUGGUUGACGACCCGUCGCAACUUGGCCCACCGCCGCAAGGCUACCCGUCAUAAUGUUCAACCAAAUCCUUUAGAUUUAUUUCAAGUUAGAACGAAAUGUCCAAGUGACGAUACUCGACGGUGCCUGGCAUCCGAGUAUCGCUUGAACGUCUCGCCUUUUGCCAAUGUUAAAUUUACACGCAGCAAGCCCUAGACCUAAGAUCAAAUAAUAUUUUAGUUGUUUUCUUACUUAUUGUUCUAUUCCUUUAAACCUCCUAAUUAGAACGCAACACAAUACUUUGUGUAAUGUGUCCUGUAAAUAGAUAUAAAAUAUAUGAAUAAAAAUAAAUCCAUACAUGUGA